AUGAAGUUGUUGGUGCUCAUUUUGUUACUGCCUGCGUGUCUAGCGCAUUUAAAUGUUUACCUGAGUAGCGCUGAAGUAUGGAGGUUAUUAGGUUUAACCGCAGAGCUGUUUUACGUGCGUGAUGGUCAAAUCAACUUCUAUGCACUCAACUUCGUCGUACCAGUACCUGCUACCAUUGGAGAACUACAUUUCACCUGGCAGAGUCUUACCAGGAAACCGUUACCAUAUACGCUGAAUGUGGAGCUAGUACGUACACAUGUUGACUCCGUGCUUCCUCAAGAUGCGAUGCACCCACCGACGUUAAAUAUUUCAAGCGAGGGAUACGUGCCCACUGAACCACAAACAUGGCGCGUUGACUUGCCUUGUACGCACACCGUCGCUGCUGAAGUAGACAUCACCAUAUCUUUGAAUGUGUCGAUAGGUUCUUCAUCCACCACUUUACAUUUUAGACGGAAAAAAAUAUGUCUUAAAGAGGCACCGAAACCAGCGGUAAGAGUCGAUAGUGUACCGCAUGCCCCUACGUCUGCUGAUAUAUUUUAUGCGGGUGCUGGUUGCGCUGGCGGAGCCCUUUUGAUAGCUGCAGUAACCGCUGCGGCAUGCAGGGCCAGGGCUAGGAAAUUGCGUCGGGCAAGGAGUGACGAACAAGAUGCUCAUGCAUUUUUACCUGACUCCUCGUGCAAGUCCGCUGCCAGUUACACAAGUUACCGCCGUCCUACAUCAUUACCCGCAGCGGCAUCUGAAGAAAAAGCAAGAGAUUUGCAGCAAAGAAUUGCCGAGUUAACAAUACAGAGAUGUCGAGUGAGAUUGCGUUCGGUCGCGAUGGAAGGGACCUUCGGUAGAGUCUACAGAGGGACUUAUGCUGAUGAAGAAGCUAGGGAACAAGAAGUGCUAGUAAAGACCGUUGCAGAACAUGCUUCUCAAGUACAGGUAUCAUUGCUUCUUCAAGAAGGUUGUAUGCUCUAUGGACUACAUCACGAACGUGUGCUAUCUGUUCUCGGCGUUAGUAUCGAAGAUCAGACGGCUCCAUUCCUCCUAUACCCAUGGAAUUCCACCUGGAGGAACUUGAAACUAUUCCUUUUGGCAUGCCGAGGGGUUGCAGUUGGUGGCGCAGUACAAGGAGCUCCUCCUCCGCCUUUGACCACGCAGCAUGUCGUUAGGAUGGCACUCCAUGCUCUAGAUGGCCUGAGUUAUCUUCAUUCUCAGCAUGUUUUGCAUAAAGAUAUUGCUGCUAGAAAUUGCAUAGUGGAUGAAAAUCUUCGAGUGAUGAUUGCAGACAAUGCUCUGUCGCGAGAUCUCUUCCCUGCCGACUACCAUUGCUUAGGAGAUAAUGAAAACAGGCCUAUUAAAUGGUUAGCUUUAGAGGCUUUAACGAAGAGACAGUUUAGCCCAGCAGCAGAUGUGUGGGCAUUGGGAGUGCUAUUGUGGGAACUAACUACUUUAGCUCAUCAACCAUAUGCUGAAGUGGAUCCAUUCGAGGUCGCUGCGUACCUAAGAGACGGCUAUCGGUUGCAACAACCGGCCAACUGUCCUGAUGAACUGUUCGCCGUGAUGGCGUACUGCUGGGCAAUGUCGCCUGACGACCGACCGACGUUGCCGCAACUACAGAUCUUCCUACGGGACUUCCACACACAGUUGACGAGAUUCGUGUAA